UCUAAAGUAUUGGAAGAGAUGUUUGUGGAGAAGAAUUCAACACCUUCUUCUUCAUCGUCUUCUUGUUUCAUUACAUCAACACGGCGAACUCUAACCGUGUGGAUGAAAUCAUUAGUGUUUAAUGGUAAUGGGUGUACUGUGUACGACUCGAACGGGAAUAUUGUUUAUCGUAUUGAUAACUACGACCAAAAGUUGAAAAAUGAAUUUUAUCUCAUGGAUGUUCAUGGCAAUGUUUUGGUUACCAUUCUCAAGAAGAAACUUAGUGUUGUAAAGUUUUGGGAAGGUUACAAAUCAACAAAACUCGAAGGACGGAUCAACAAGCCAUGGUUUCAAGUUAAAAACCCUAGACUUUUCAAGGGAGAUCAUUGUGAAGUGUUAUUGAUUAAGGAUGGAAACAGCAUUGAGCUAGAGAAUACUUACAAGAUUGCUGGAACAGCAACCGCUUUUAAGAUUAUGAACGAAGCGGAAGAACUUGUCGCGGAGGUAAAGCAAAAGCAGUCGGUGUCAGGAAUCACGUUAGGAGAAGAUGUGAUGACAUUAAUGGUAGAAGCAAAUGUUGAUCUUUCGUUUAUAAUGAGCCUUGUGGUUAUAUACUGUUUAAUCCAUCAUAAAAUGUGAAACAGAAAUAUAUUCAGUUUAUGUUGUGAGAACUAAUAAGAUGUUGAUAAAUUUCUUCAUCACAGGGAUGACAGAGAAUAAGCAUUCCAGUAUUCCACUGUUCUUGAAAUGUGUAAAUCUCUAUCGAGAUACCCUUUAUCAAUUGUUUAAUUCAUUUUUUCUUUUAUUAAAAAAGAAAAAAAAAAGUAAAUUGUACUAAAAUUUGUUAUCUUAUAAAGAUUUCUUGUAUUGUCAA